AUCUUUAGUUCUCCAUAAGUUAUCACCCCCACCUUUUAAUUUCUCUCCCCCCACAAUCUCCUUCUUUUAUCUCUCUCACACACAUCUCAAACACACAGUGUUACAUGGCUCAAGAUCAUGAACCUCUCAACCCAAACCCAACGGUCCCAACCCAAACCCACCUCAACCCAAUUUGCCGGUACCCACCACGUGUCCGGAUCCCCCUCCGUCGACGACGGAAACUACCGACGGUGCGCCUAGGAGGGAAUAAGAAGCCUAGGAGAGUGCUUCCCCUAGCAAAAAUAUUCAGGAGGAUGAGACUAAGGUGGCUCAAGUUGCAGUACAGGAUAAUGUUGAGGAAACUUAAGGAGUACUAUAGGAAUAUGAUUAAAGAUAUGAAGGAAGCUAGUGCAACCCUUGAGACUUUCCACCAUAGGGUUCUCUUGGAAGCCUCGUUUGCUGUGCCAGUCAUGGGAGUUUCUUUCAAUAGCUACCCUUAUUUGCCUGGUUCAGAUCGCCCUCGAACACUCACCAUGUGAAAUUCUCCAGGGUUCAUUUACUUCUGUUGCUUUCUCUACAACCUUUUUUGUUUGCUUUAAUAUUAAGUCAAUUUGAAUUAAUAUGUAUGAAAGUAAAAUGAACAUGUACAAUAAUGUCUUUCCUAGCUACCAAUUAUACAUAUCUUUUCAUAUGUUAAAAGUAUCAAUUUUUUGUAUGCAUGUACGAACAAUAAUGUUGGGGGAAAUUAUAAAUAGGAAGAGAAAUGUAAAUCUUACUUAUGGAGAAUCUUAUAAUAGGCCAUGGCUGGGAAAUUAAUAAAAGGAACUUUUGUAAUUCU